GUUUGUCAAAUAUGGGUAUUUUCUUUUGAAAUAGAUUUUCUUUCUUACAAUCUUUCUUUGACUGCGCUUUCAAAUUGUUCUAUUCAAAUUUCUUUUUUAUAUCUAUUACUUUUAGAUCGGUUUUCGAAAUUAACUUUACUCUGGCGCUUUGCCAAAUUCUGGUCCCCAAACACAUUAAUAUCAACCAUGGCACAUCCGGAGGUCGAGAAUGCGAUCAAGGGAUUUCUGCUGGACCAGGAGAAGAUGGCCGAGGUGGUGGACCGCAUGACCAAGGAGAUGAAGAUGGGCCUGGCGAAGGAUACGCAUCCGAGGGCGGUGAUCAAGUGCUUUGUGAGUUACGUCCAGGACUUGCCGACGGGCAAGGAGCGGGGAAAGUGCCUGGCCCUUGAUCUGGGCGGCUCUAAUUUUCGAGUUCUCCUUGUGACCUUAAACGGCGAUGGAAGUGCGGAUAUUCAAUCAAAGAGUUAUGUGUUUCCCAGCACGCUGAUGACGGGAACGUCAGAUGAGCUAUUCGACUUCAUAGCCGCUAGCCUGGGGAAUUUUUGCAUUGAAAAUGGCUUGGAGAACGAGGCCCUGCCAUUGGGAUUCACCUUCUCGUUUCCGUGCCAACAGAAGGGCAUCAACAAGGGAACACUGGUGGCUUGGACCAAGGGCUUCAAUGUCCCCGGAGUGGUGGGAAAAAACGUAGUCGAAUUGCUGCAGCAGGCCAUAGAGCGACGGGGUGAAGUAAGGAUCAGUAUCGUGGCCAUUCUCAACGACACCGUCGGCACCCUGAUGUCCUGCGCCUUUCACAAUCGCAACUGUAGGAUCGGACUGAUCGUGGGCACCGGAACGAAUGCCUGUUACGUGGAGAAGACGGUGAAUGCCGAGUGUUUCGAGCACUACCAGACCAGUCCGAAGCAGUCGAUGAUCAUUAACUGUGAGUGGGGCGCCUUUGGGGACAAUGGAGUGCUGGAUUUUGUACGGACCUCCUAUGACAGAAUCGUGGAUAAGGUGACCCCGAAUCCCGGUAGGCAGACAUUCGAGAAAUGCAUCUCUGGAAUGUACAUGGGCGAGAUAGUUCGGCUGAUCGUGAUCGAAAUGAUGGCCAAGGGAGUCAUGUUCCAUGGCGAGACCUCGCAGCAGAUCCAGAAUCGAUGGUCCUUCCAGACAGCAUAUCUCUCGGAUGUCGAGAGCGACCCGAUCGGUGAAUAUCGACAUACCAACAAAGUGAUUCGCGAAAUGGGAUUCCUCGGGAACAACGAAGCGGACAAAAUCAAUUUACGGCGUAUCUGCGAGGCAGUCUCCUCCCGAUCCGCCAAGCUCUGCGCCUGCGGCCUGGUGACCCUCAUCAACAAGAUGAACAUUAACGAGGUGGUGGUUGGCAUCGAUGGCAGUGUUUAUCGCUACCACCCCAAGUACCAUGACUUGCUAACAAUGUACAUGAAGCAGCUUCUGAAGCCGGGCGUGAAGUUCGAGCUCACCGUCUCGGAGGAUGGGUCUGGCAAGGGGGCAGCUCUGGUAGCAGCCACGGCGGCUCAAUCUAAGUAAUUCCAAAUUUUUUGAGUGUUUCAGGGUAAUUCUAUUAUUAAAUUUGACAAAUAAUUUAAGACAAUAAGUGCAUAAUGGCAUAGUUAUGAAAAAUAAAGACCAUUUAAAAACA